CAUUCGAUAUUUUCUUUCUCUUACUCUCUCUUUGCGCUCUGCCUAAAACCCUAACCAAAAACUCCACACUGAAAAAAAAAAAUAUCAUCAUUUCAAUAGCCUGAAAGAACAAAAGGAAGCUUAAAAAUCGUAAAUUUUGGAUCGGGAAUCCGAAUCCGGAUCCAUUCCAAUAAGAAAUGGCGGGUUCUUCUUCUCCGGUGGAAUCUCUGGUCUCAAUCGCCGGGUCGGUUUCUACUCCGUCAACUAAAGAACGGGUCCGGAUCUUUCGUGAUGAACUCCCUCCCAUUAUUACCAAUUCAGAGAUGUCUCCUGAAUUUACGUCACUUUUGGUGGAUAUAAUAUUUAAAACAUUCCCAAUAUUUGAUGAUGGAGGGUCGAGAAAAGCUGUUAAUGGUGUGAUUGUGAAGGCUUUAGGCGAGGUUAUAUUUAUGAAAAGUUUUGCAGCGGCACUUGUUCAGGCAAUGGAGAAGCAAUCAAAGUUCCAAACCCAUGUAGGGUGCUAUACUCUACUCAAGUGGUCGUGUCUCCUCUUAAGCAGAAGUCAGUUUGCCACAGUUUCGAGAAAUGCAUUGUGUAGAGUAGCUGCAGCUCAGGCAUCUUUGCUUCAUAUUGUUAUGCAAAGAUCUUUUCGUGAGCGAAGGGCAUGCAUAAAAUCAUUUUUCCAUUUAUUUUCUCAGUCACCUGAUGUCUACAAUACAUACAUAGAAGAAAUUAAGGAUGCACGGAUUCCAUACAAAGAUGCUCCUGAAUUGCUAUGUUUAUUACUGGAAUUUUCAUCUGUAGUACCAUCUAAGUUUGAACAAAGCAAGCCAAUAUUUCUUGACAUCUAUGUUAAAGCUGUUUUAAAUGCCAGAGAAAAGCCAACCAAGGGGCUUAGUGAAUCUUUUCAUCCACUAUUUGCACGUAUGUCACAUGAAGAUCUCCAAAGUACUGUGAUCCCAUCGUUAGUGAAAAUGUUAAAACGCAACCCUGAGAUUGUGUUGGAGUCGGUUGGAAUACUAUUAAGUUUAGUCAAUCUUGAUUUAAGUAAGUAUGCGAUGGAAAUUCUUUCUGUCGUAUUACCACAGGCUCGACAUGCAGAAGAUGGAAGAAGGAUUGGGGCAUUGACUGUAGUACGCUGUUUAAGCCAAAAGUCUAGUAAUCCUGAUGCUUUUGAAUCGAUGUUCAAUGCCAUUAAAGCUGUCCUUGGAGGCUCAGAAGGAAGGCUAGCAUUUCCUUACCAAAGAAUUGGCAUGAUGAAUGCACUGCAGGAAUUGUCUAAUGCUCCUGAAGGAAAAUAUCUCAACAACCUCUCUCGUACCGUCUGUGGCUUUCUUUUAACUUGUUACAAAGAUGAAGGAAAUGAAGAGGUAAAGCUAGCAAUACUAUCAGCCAUUGCUUCUUGGGCAGCCCGUUUUGUUGAUGCACUUCAACCAGAUUUAGUUUCUUUUUUUGCCUCUGGCCUCAAGGAGAAGGAGGCUUUAAGAAGGGGUCAUCUUCGUUCUCUGCUAGCUAUCUGCAAAAACUCUGAUGCCCUUUUGCAGAUAUCAUCAUUACUGGGGCCUCUUCUUCAACUUGUAAAAACUGGUUUCACUAAAGCUGUGCAGCGUCUAGAUGGCAUAUAUGCAUUAAGUAUUGUUGGGAAGAUUGCCGCUGCUGAUAUCAAAGCAGAGGAGACUGUGGCAAAGGAGAAAAUUUGGUCUUUGAUAUCUCAAAAUGAGCCCUCACUUGUUGCAAUUUCAAUGGCCUCAAAAUUGUCAAUUGAAGAUUGCAUAUCAUGUGUAGAUCUUCUUGAGGUGCUAUUGGUGGAACACUCUCGCAGAGUGUUGGAAACUUUCUCAGCCAAAUUACUAUUACAGUUAUUACUCUUUUUAAUGUGCCAUUCAAGUUGGGAUGUUCGUAAAACAACUUAUGAUGCUACAAAGAAGAUAGUUGCUGCUGCUCCGCAGUUAUCAGAAAUUCUUUUGGUUGAGUUCUCAGACUCUCUCUCUCUUGUUGGGGAGAAAAUAAAUGCUUUGAAGACAAGUGAUGCAGAUAAUUCUCCAGACACUCAGGUUCCUAUCCUUCCAUCUGUUGAGGUUUUAGUGAAGGCUUUAGCUGUUAUAUCGUCCACAGCUCUUGCUACAACUCCAAGUGCAUCUACACGUGUUAUAGUCUGCUCUCAUCAUCCAUGCAUAAUUGGAACUGCUAAAAGAGAUGCAGUUUGGCGGAGGCUCCAUAAAUGUUUGCGAGCACUUGGCUUUGAUGUGAUUGGCAUUAUUUCUGCUAAUAUUGCCAAUAUUUGCAAGGGUCUAGUGGGACCAUUGGGGUUGAUGAGCGCCAAUCCACUUGAACAAAACGCAGCAAUAUACUCUCUAUGCACUUUGAUGUCAAUAGCACCUGAAGAUACUUAUUCAGAGUUUGAGAAGCACCUUAUAAACCUUCCGGACCGUCAUUCACAUGAUAUGCUUUCGGAAAAUGACAUUCAGAUAUUUCGGACUCCUGAAGGAAUUCUUUCCAAUGAGCAAGGUGUUUAUGUUGCAGAAUCUGUUACUUCUAAGAACACAAAACAACAGGACCGUAUCAAUUCUAACCAUUCUGGAAAGAGGGAGACCUCUAGUAGAGCAGCUGGUGGUGGUGGGAAAAAGGAUAUUGGAAAGUCAAUGAAGAAGGCUGAUAAAGGAAAGACUGCAAAAGAGGAGGCUCGAGAGCAGCUUCUUAGAGAGGAGGCAUCAAUACGUGAGAAGGUUCGGGAAAUACAGAAGAAUCUGUCUUUGAUGCUGAAUGCUCUUGGGGACAUGGCUGUUGCUAAUCCUGUUUUUGCACAUAGUCAAUUACCUUCACUGGUUAAGUUUGUUGAUCCUUUAUUGCGGUCACCAAUUGUUGGUGAUGUAGCCUAUGAUACAUCAGUGAAGCUCUCCAGAUGUUUAGUGCAUCCUCUAUGUAAUUGGGCCCUUGAUAUUGCUACUGCUUUACGUUUAAUUGUGACUGAUGAAGUUUGUCUGUGGGAACUGAUUCCUCCUGUGGAUGAAGAAGCUGAUGAAAGACCAUCUUUAGGUCUUUUUGAGAGAAUAGUAAAUGGAUUGUCUGUGUCUUGUAAAUCUGGACCUCUUCCAGUAGAUUCCUUCACUUUUGUCUUUCCUAUAAUGGAGCAGAUUUUAUUAUCAUCCAAGAGAACAGGACUUCACGAUGAUGUUCUUCGGAUUCUUUAUUUGCACUUGGAUCCCCUUCUGCCUCUUCCUAGGCUUCGCAUGCUAUCAGCUCUCUAUCAUGUUCUAGGUGUUGUUCCAGCUUAUCAAGCAUCAAUUGGGCCUGCAUUGAAUGAGUUGUGUCUUGGCCUGCAGCCUGAGGAAGUGGCAUCUGCUUUGUAUGGAGUGUAUGCAAAAGAUGUUCAUGUAAGAAUGACUUGCUUAAAUGCUGUAAAAUGCAUUCCAGCUGUUUCCGGUCGGGCUCUUCCCCAAAAUGUUGAAGUUGCAACAAACAUUUGGAUUGCUCUACAUGAUCCAGAAAAGGUUUGGCGUAGAUCUGCUUUCUUAAAUAUUCAAAAUUUUGAUUGUUUUUGGCUACAAUUUGAUCAGUCAUUCACUUCAUUAUCUCUAUGCUUUCAGUCCAUUGCAGAAGCUGCAGAAGAUGUAUGGGAUCGCUAUGGAUAUGACUUUGGUACUGACUACUCGGGGAUUUUCAAGGCACUUUCUCAUGUAAAUUAUAAUGUGCGCGUGGCUGCGGCAGAGGCAUUAGCUGCUGCUAUGGACGAAAUCCCAGAUUCUAUACAGGAAUCUCUUUCUACUUUAUUUUCUUUAUAUAUCCGGGACUCUGCUUUUGGUGAGGAAAAUCUUGAUGCUGGUUGGCUAGGCCGACAAGGAAUCGCGUUGGCAUUGCAUUCUGCAGCUGAUGUAUUAAGAACAAAAGACCUUCCCGUUGUUAUGACAUUCCUGAUAUCACGAGCACUGGCUGAUCCUAAUGCAGAUGUUCGUGGGAGGAUGAUUAAUGCUGGUAUAAUGAUUAUUGAUAGGCAUGGAAGAGAAAAUGUUUCUUUGUUAUUCCCAAUUUUUGAAAAUUACUUGAACAAGAAGGCAUCGGAUGAAGAAAAAUAUGAUCUGGUUCGUGAAGGUGUCGUUAUUUUUACGGGAGCUCUAGCAAAACAUUUGGCAAAGGAUGAUCCUAAAGUUCAUGCUGUUGUUGAGAAGCUGUUGGAUGUGUUAAAUACUCCUUCUGAAGCUGUUCAGCAAGCAGUCUCGACAUGUCUAUCUCCGUUGAUGCAGUCAAAACAAGAUGACGCAGCAGCACUUAUUUCUAGGCUGUUGGAUCAGCUGAUGAAGAAUGACAAAUAUGGUGAACGUCGUGGAGCAGCUUUUGGUCUUGCAGGAGUGGUCAAGGGGUUUGGGUUAUCAUCUUUGAAGAAGUAUGGGAUUGUGGCUGUCUUACGAGAAGGUUUUGCUGAUAGAAAUUCUGCAAAAUCUCGUGAAGGAGCUCUGCUGGCAUUUGAGUGCCUUUGUGAAUAUUUGGGAAGAUUGUUUGAGCCGUAUGUUAUUCAAAUGUUACCGUUGCUCUUGGUUUCUUUCUCUGAUCAAGUAAUUGCGGUUCGUGAGGCUGCUGAAUGUGCAGCACGUGCUAUGAUGUCUCAACUGAGUGCACAAGGAGUAAAGCUUGUGCUUCCAUCUCUAUUGAAGGGUCUUGAAGAUAAGGCCUGGAGAACGAAGCAAAGUAGUGUACAACUUCUUGGUGCCAUGGCAUACUGUGCUCCUCAGCAACUUUCUCAGUGUCUUCCUAGAAUUGUGCCUAAAUUAACAGAGGUGUUAACAGAUACACAUCCCAAGGUGCAGUCAGCAGGACAACUGGCCCUUCAGCAGGUUGGGAGUGUAAUAAAGAAUCCAGAAAUAUCUUCACUUGUCCCUACGCUUCUUAUGGGUCUUACAGAUCCUAAUGACUAUACAAAAUAUUCCCUUGAUAUUCUCCUCCAAACUACUUUCAUUAAUUCAAUUGAUGCUCCUUCACUUGCGUUGUUAGUACCAAUAGUACAUAGAGGGUUAAGGGAGAGGAGUGCUGAUACAAAAAAGAAAGCUGCUCAAAUAGUUGGAAAUAUGUGUUCUUUAGUCACAGAGCCUAAGGAUAUGAUUCCUUACAUUGGGUUGCUCCUUCCUGAAGUGAAAAAGGUCCUUGUUGAUCCCAUUCCAGAAGUUCGAUCAGUUGCAGCUAGGGCCAUUGGAUCUCUUAUAAGAGGAAUGGGAGAAGAAAACUUCCCAGAUCUUGUCCCAUGGUUGUUCGAUACACUUAAGUCAGACAAUAGUAAUGUUGAGCGCUCUGGUGCUGCUCAAGGCUUGAGUGAGGUUUUAGCUGCGCUAGGUACCGAGUAUUUUGAGGAUAUACUUCCUGAUAUUAUUCGGAACUGUUCACAUCAAAAGGCAGCUGUACGUGAUGGAUAUUUGACACUUUUCAAGUAUUUCCCAAGGUCAUUAGGUGUUCAAUUCCAGAACUACUUGCAGCUGGUUUUGCCUGCUAUCUUAGAUGGUCUUGCGGAUGAGAACGAAUCUGUGCGGGAUGCAGCUCUAUGUGCUGGGCAUGUCCUAGUGGAGCAUUAUGCAACAACGUCGUUACCUCUUCUCCUUCCAGCCGUAGAAGAUGGCAUCUUUAAUGAUAAUUGGCGAAUCAGACAAAGCUCUGUGGAGCUAUUAGGAGAUCUCUUGUUUAAGGUUGCUGGAACUUCUGGGAAAGCUUUACUCGAGGGUGGUAGUGAUGAUGAAGGUGCUAGUACUGAAGCACAUGGACGUGCUAUUAUUGAGGUUCUAGGAAGGGAUAAGCGCAAUGAAGUUCUUGCUGCAUUAUAUAUGGUUAGAACUGAUGUCAGCAUAACUGUACGCCAGGCUGCAUUACAUGUUUGGAAAACUAUUGUGGCUAAUACUCCAAAGACUCUCAAGGAAAUAAUGCCAGUUUUAAUGAAUACUCUAAUUACUUCUCUUGCUUCAGCAUCCUCUGAAAGGCGGCAGGUUGCUGGUAGAGCACUGGGAGAACUUGUGAGGAAGCUUGGGGAGAGAGUACUUCCUCUGAUCAUCCCAAUUUUAUCCCAGGGAUUAAAGAACCCCGAUGCUAGUAGAAGACAGGGUGUAUGUAUUGGUUUGAGUGAAGUGAUGGCAAGUGCUGGUAAGAGUCAGUUAUUGAGUUUCAUGGAUGAGCUUAUCCCUACCAUUCGUACAGCCCUUUGUGAUAGUGCUCCUGAGGUUCGUGAGUCAGCAGGCUUAGCAUUCAGUACUCUCUACAAGAGUGCCGGUAUGCAAGCAAUCGACGAAAUUGUUCCAACACUGCUGCAUGCUUUGGAGGAUGAUGAAACUUCUGAUACUGCCCUAGAUGGUCUCAAACAAAUCUUAAGUGUCAGAACUACUGCCGUUUUGCCUCAUAUUUUGCCUAAGCUGGUUCAUUGCCCCCUUUCCGCCUUCAAUGCGCAUGCUCUUGGAGCUUUGGCUGAGGUUGCAGGCCCUGGCCUUAACUAUCACCUUGGUACCAUCUUGCCUGCUUUACUUUCUGCAAUGGGUGGUGAUGAUGUGGAUGUGCAACCUCUAGCUAAGGAAGCUGCAGAAACAGUAGUCUUGGUCAUUGAUGAGGAAGGCAUUGAAUCAUUAAUAUCAGAGCUUCUUAGAGGAGUUGGUGAUAGUGAGGCAUCAAUCAGAAGAAGUUCAUCAUAUUUAAUAGGAUACUUCUUCAAAAACAGCAAACUCUAUCUAGUUGAUGAAACUCUAAACAUGAUAUCUACCUUGAUUGUUUUGCUUAGCGAUUCAGAUUCUGCUACUGUUGUGGUUGCUUGGGAAGCUUUAUCAAGGGUUGUCAGCUCAGUACCAAAAGAGGUACUUCCUUCAUGUAUAAAGUUAGUACGUGAUGCUGUAUCUACUGCAAGAGAUAAGGAGCGUAGAAAGAAGAAGGGAGGCCCUGUUGUAAUUCCUGGAUUCUGUCUUCCAAAAGCUCUUCAGCCACUGCUUCCAAUAUUUCUUCAGGGUCUGAUUAGUGGGUCAGCUGAAUUAAGAGAACAGGCAGCCUUAGGUCUUGGGGAACUUAUUGAAGUGACUAGCGAACAAUCACUGAAGGAGUUUGUCAUCCCAAUAACUGGGCCUCUUAUUCGAAUCAUAGGUGAUCGUUUUCCCUGGCAGGUCAAGAGUGCGAUUUUAUCUACAUUGAGCAUCAUGAUCCGAAAGGGUGGGAUUGCACUGAAACCUUUUCUUCCUCAGCUGCAAACAACAUUUAUCAAGUGCCUACAAGAUAAUACAAGGACUGUCCGCUCAAGUGCUGCCCUUGCACUGGGUAAGCUUAGUGCACUAAGUACCAGGGUUGAUCCAUUAGUCAGUGACCUCCUAUCUAGUUUGCAGGCAUCGGAUUCUGGAGUAAGGGAGGCCAUAUUGACUGCUUUAAAAGGUGUGGUAAAGCAUGCUGGUAAGAGUGUGAGCCCAGCUACGAGAACUCGUGUCUACGCUCUCCUCAAGGAUUUAAUUCAUCAUGAUGAUGACCAAGUUCGAAUGUUUGCUUCGAGCAUAUUGGGUGUUAUAUCACAGUAUAUGGAUGAAUCUCAGCUGUCCGACCUACUUCAGGAACUUCUAGAUCUGUCCUCUUCUUCAAACUGGGCUGAUCGCCAUGGCUCAGUUCUUACAUUCUCCUCCUUGCUCAGGCAUAAUCCUUCCACAGUUUUUAUGUCUCCAGAGUCCGCAUCUAUUUUAAUCUGUCUCAAAAGCUCCUUGAAAGAUGAGAAGUUCCCACUUCGUGAAACAUCAACCAAGGCAUUGGGGAGGCUUUUACUCUGUCAAGUACAAAGCGAUCCCUCUAACUCCACUUCACUUGUGGAUAUCCUUUCAUCCGUACUGUCAGCAAUGCAAGAUGACUCUAGUGAAGUAAGAAGAAGGGCAUUAUCUGCUAUAAAAGCUGCUGCCAAAGCAAAUCCUUCAGUUAUCACAACUCAUCUUUCAUUACUCGGCCCUGCGCUUGCUGAAUGUUUGAAGGACAGCAGCACCCCAGUUAGACUUGCUGCAGAAAGAUGUGCUCUUCACACCUUCCAGUUGACAAAGGGUACUGAGAAUGUUCAAGCUUCUCAAAAAUAUAUUACAGGCUUGGAUGCUAGGCGCAUAUCAAAAUUUCCUGAACACAGCGAUGAUAGUGAAGAAAGUGAAGAUGACUCAGCAAGCAGCUGAAAGUCUGUUCCAUUGAUCUAAAUAUUGUAUUCUUCAUCAAGAUUCAAGGUUCAAGAGUGGAAGUAACUGGAACUUCGAAUUAUUGGACGGUCUCCAGCCAAAUUUUUUCCACGCCAGCGUUUGUUCAUAGGAAACACAGAUACAUACAGAGAAAGAGCCCAAUUUUUUUUUCACAUAUGGGUAUUUAUAAUAUCAACGUAAUUGGCAAUCUUCUAGUUAUGAUAUAGAAAAACCACAGGCCUCUCAUGGCUGCCUUCAAGUUUUUGCACUGGCUUUUCUUGUCCAUAACCGAGUGAGAAACCAAGUCUUGCUUAAGAGCUCUCUCAUGUAUCACUUGUCAAAUUGUCACAUUCAAAAUAAGGUUUUUCUUCUAAUCCGAAUUUUCUGUAUUCACUUGCAAGAUCAUAAGCCCUAAAGGGUUUCCUUUUGAUGUGAUCACAAUUGUAUUUACUUUGAUAAUCAUUGAUAUAUAUAUAGUAGUAUAAAUCACUUUUGCUGGUUGAA